AUAGUAUCGCCUGUCUUUACAAACCUAUGGCACAUUUCUCAAACGGCGAGACUCACUGAGAUAAAGUAUAAAAUUUCGAAUUUUCAGCUAGUUUUAAAAAAAACAUAAACCUAGUUUGUUAUUUUGUUGAUUAUAAAUUUGUAAAGAUUCAACCGUUAUAUUGGAAAACAUGGCACAACCACAGCUUAUAGACCUCAAAAAGCUAAACCUACAGCAAUUGGCCAAAAUGAAGGAACAGGUGUACAAGGAAGUGAAUUUGAUCCAAGAUUCUCUCACGUCGUUGAAAAUCGCACAAAAGCGUUACUUAAGCUCUCAAGAAGCGUUGGAAAGCACCAAAAGUCGGCCGUCGGGCACUAAGCUCAUGAUACCGUUGACCAAAUCCAUGUAUGCCGCCGGACAGCUAACCGAUCCUGAACACGUAACUGUGUGUAUCGGAGCCGGUUACUAUCUGCGGCUCGAAAUAGACGACUCUAUACAAUAUUUCAAGAGGCGCGUCAACUCUCUUGUCGAACAAAUGGAAAGCAUUCAACAGAUCGGCAUUGAAAAACAGAAACUUCAAAAUGUCAUAACUGAAGUGAUUGAAAUUAAAGUACAACAAAGUCAAAACGAAAGUAAAUAAUUUAAUUUUUAACUGUAUUUACUACUUUGUGUUUCCUAAUCCUAACAUUUAAUAAAAAAAAAAAAUAGAGCUGUCAACGCAUUAUGUAUUUUUAACAUCUAAGAAACUAACUUAAUAAUUUAUCGAUAACAUAAUUUGAUUUCAUUAUAUUAUAAUUAAGUAUAUUGUGGCUAAAAAGAAAAUGUUCGUUAUCAUACUGUACCAUUCUAUUGCAUUACUUUUUUUUUUUUUAAUAAAUACCAUUUUUACCUUCUCAUUAAACUACAUUGA